AUGGACGAGCUCUUUGACGUCUUUGAGGAUACGCCUCAGGCGCCCAAGCCCUCGGGUAGCGCGCCGAAGCGUGCCAAGAAGGACAAGAGCAAGAAGCGUCAAGCCAACGGCGAUGUCAAGAUCCCUGAUGAACAACCAGUGGUUGAGGAGACUCCGGCUGAGGCGCCUGAUGUUGAAAUGGAAGAUACUCAAGAGAGUCCUUCCGUGACUGCGCCGCCGGAAACGAAGCGCCCUCGUCUUGAUCAAAUUCCCGACGCCGUUGUUGCCGAUACAUUCGAGACCGAGCAAGAACGCGAAAUCGCAACCACUGCCGGCUUGGGAGGCACAGAAGAUUCAACACACAUGGUGGUAUCCCACCAAGUCCGUCACCAAGUCGCAAUUCCCCCGAACUACCCGUACAUCCCGAUUUCGCAACAUCAGCCGCCAGCAGACCCCGCGAAGGUUUAUUCUUUCACUCUCGAUCCUUUCCAGCAAGUCGCGGUUUACUCGAUACAGCGUGAGGAGAGCGUCCUGGUAUCAGCGCAUACUAGUGCCGGAAAAACAGUGGUUGCCGAAUAUGCAAUUGCGCAAAGUUUGAAGAACAAUCAGCGUGUGAUAUACACCAGUCCAAUCAAAGCACUGAGCAACCAGAAAUACCGAGAAUUUGCGGCAGAGUUUGGUGAUGUCGGUUUGAUGACUGGCGAUGUGACUAUCAACCCAACCGCUACCUGUCUGGUCAUGACUACAGAGAUUCUGCGAUCCAUGUUGUAUCGCGGUUCCGAGAUUAUGCGUGAAGUUCAAUGGGUCAUUUUCGAUGAGAUUCACUACAUGCGUGACCAGAACCGUGGUGUUGUUUGGGAAGAGACCAUCAUUCUUCUCCCGGAUAAGGUCCGCUACGUUUUCUUGUCUGCCACCAUCCCCAACGCUAUGCAAUUCGCCGAAUGGCAUUACUUCUUCCCCACUGGUGCCGAGGGUAUCCAUCUUGUCGUGGAUGAGAAGGGAGUGUUCCGUGAAGAGAAUUUCCAGAAAGCAAUGGGUUCUAUUGCGGACAAGAAGGGCGAGGAUGUUGCUAACCCCAAUGCAAAGCAGAAGGGCCGAGGCAAGGACAAGAAGAUCGCUAAGGGUGGCAACCAGGGUCCAUCCGACAUUUUCAAGAUCGUGCGGAUGAUUAUGCUUAAAAAGUACAACCCGGUCAUUGUUUUCAGCUUCAGCAAACGAGAGUGUGAAAACGGCGCCCUUCAAUUAUCGAGGCUUGCAUUCAACGAUGAUUCUGAGAAAGAGAUGGUGUCCAAGGUAUUCGACAGCGCCAUUGCAAUGCUCUCGCCGGAAGAUCGGGCACUACCUCAGAUCCAGCACAUUUUGCCUCUUCUUCGGAGAGGUGUUGGUGUUCACCAUUCAGGGUUGCUACCUAUUCUCAAGGAAACUAUCGAGAUUCUCUUCCAGGAGGGUCUCAUCAAGGUCCUGUUCGCCACUGAGACUUUCUCUAUCGGUCUCAACAUGCCUGCCAAGACUGUCGUUUUCACUAGUGUCAGGAAAUUCGACGGAACUAGCCAACGUUGGGUCACCCCGUCCGAAUUCAUUCAGAUGUCUGGUCGUGCUGGACGUCGUGGUCUCGAUGAGCGUGGUAUUGUCAUCAUGAUGGUCGGUGAGGAGAUGGACCCUGUGGUUGCUAAGACGAUCGUGCGUGGUGAACAAGAUCACCUUAACUCUGCUUUCCACUUGGGUUACAACAUGAUUCUCAAUUUGAUGCGUGUGGAAGGAAUCUCACCUGAGUUUAUGCUGGAAAGAUGUUUCAAGCAGUUCCAGAACACCGGCAACGUUUCCGGCUUAGAGAAGGAGCUCCAUGAACUUGAAGAGCAAAAGGCCAAUAUGGCCAUCGAAGAUGAAGGGACCAUCCGUGAAUAUUACGAUCUGCGCAAGCAGUUGGAUGGAUUCGCUGAGGACGUUCAGGCCGUCAUUAGUCACCCCAACUACGCACUUCCCUUCUUCCAGGCUGGCCGUCUGGUCCAGGUCAAGGAUAAAGACCAAGACUUUGGCUGGGGCGCCGUUGUGAAGUACACCAAGAGACAGCCCCCCAAGAAUUCCACUGAAGAGAUUCCACCAAGCAAGGAAUACAUUGUGGAUGUCCUGCUAAAGAUUGCCGAUGGGCCCUCCGUGGGAACAAAGACGUUCCAAGAUCUUCCCCCGGGUGUGCGACCGGCCAAGGAGGGUGAGAAGUUCCGUAUGGAAGUGGUUCCCGUUGCAAUUGGCUGUAUACAUGCUAUCGCGCAUUUGCGCAUCUUCCUUCCCAAAGAUUUAACUUCAGUUGACUCGCGCAAUGGCGUGAAGAGAGCUUUGGAUGAAGUAGCCAAGCGAUUCCCCGAUGGCUAUGCCCUUCUAGACCCCAUUGAAAACAUGGGCAUCAAGGACGAAUCCUUCAAGAAGCUGCUACGGAAAAUCGAGGUUCUGGAGUCCCGUUUGCUUAGCAACCCCUUGCACAGCUCGCCACGCUUGCCGGAGCUGUAUGAGCAAUACGCCGAAAAGGUCAACCUUGGAACCAAGAUCAAAGAGAUAAAGAAGAAGAUAACCGAUGCCAUGUCUAUCAUCCAGCUCGAUGAGCUGAAGUGCCGCAAACGUGUGCUUCGCCGAUUUGGAUUCAUCAACGAGGCAGAGGUGGUGCAGCUUAAGGCUCGUGUUGCUUGUGAGAUUAGCACUGGUGACGAACUUAUGCUUGCUGAGCUCCUGUUCAACGGUUUCUUCAACAACCUUACUCCUGAGCAGUGUGCGGCCGUCAUUAGCUGCUUUGUCUUUGAGGAAAAAGUCAAGGAAGCUCCGGCCUUGUCCAAAGACGAGCUUGCGAAGCCUCUUAAGGAGAUCCAAGCACAGGCCCGCAUCAUCGCCAAGGUGUCACAGGAGUCCAAGAUGGCUGUCAAUGAAGAUGAAUACGUCCAGAGCUUCCACUGGGAAUUGAUGGAAGUUAUCUACGAGUGGGCCAAUGGCAAGGGCUUUGCUGAUAUCUGCAAAAUGACCGAUGUCUAUGAGGGUAGCUUGAUCCGUGUGUUCCGCCGGCUGGAAGAGUGCCUUCGACAGAUGGCACAGGCUGCCAAGGUGAUGGGCAGUGAGGACCUGGAGAGCAAGUUCGAGGAGGCGCUCACGAAGGUGCGCCGCGACAUUGUGGCAGCCCAAUCUUUGUACCUGUAG